AUUUGUGUGGCCGCAGUGUUAGUAUGGUACUUGUGCCUGACAGGAGUAACGUGUCAUAUCCCUGCUGUGUAUCUAAGUGUAUACCUAUACUUGUGUUUCACUUGAGUUAACUACUUAAACAAAAAAAAAUAAUAAUUGAAAAAAAAAACAAUAAAUUCCAAACCGUGUUUGUAAUAAAUUAAUACUUUUUUCCUUUUCACGAAAUAGUGGAUUGUAAGUGAAAAUGGUGAUAGGCAAGGUACCUAUACAACACGCCCGCGCCAGUAAGGGCCGGAUGUCCCUUAUAAAAAUACAAAACUUCACUGUUUACAAACGACAAUCGUUCUUCCGAAUAUUGUACGGGGCGUUGCUGGCAAUCAUCGGUAUUGUUAUGAUAGCUAUAAACCCGAUCGAACUCAUCACAAAUCAUAUUUUGACGAUACGAGAAGGGUCCUUCCUUUAUCACGUAUGGGAGGAUCUGCCCUACGAAAUUUGCACCGAGACAUGGGUGUAUAAUUAUACGAACGUACCUGAGUACCUGUCCGGAGAGGACAAGGUGUUAAAGCUACAGGAAAUAGGACCUUUUGUUUAUAGGGAAGUCAGAACUAAUAAGAAUAUUACUAUUGACUCCGACCGCGGCGUGAUGACUUUCAAUCCCAACAUAGAAUUGGAAUUCAUUAGAGAAAAGUCCAUUGCAGAUCCCAAAGAUGUAGAAUUGUAUAUGCCAAAUGUUGCAGUUAUUGCAAUGAGUACACUGUUUGCAGAUAAACUCAGCUAUUUUAUAAAUUCUGGAGUCUACUACUCCAUUAAAACUAUAGGAUCACAGCUCUUCAGGAAAAUGACUGCCGACGAAAUCCUAUGGGGAUAUGACGAUAAUAUUGUGAAGGUGGUGAAUAAAUUGCUGCCUGGUUGGAUUGACUUCCAGAAACUUGGAAUUCUGGAUAGGAUUUACGCCAAAAAACACGACGAAAUUGAAGUAGAAUUGGGCGAUAUAAGCAAGAAGUUCACUCUGAACGAAUGGAACGGAUCGCCUGGCAUUAUUGAACAGGGUUUUAAAGACCUGAACACUAGUACAACCUGCAACCGAAUCAAAGGUGUUUACGAAGGGCUCCUGUACGCUCCAAACAUGCCCACGGACAAAGUGAUCGAAAUACACCGCAGAGCUGCGUGCAGAAUUUUACCUUUUCAUUUUCAAAAGCAAACCGACGAGAAAUUCGGUUUCAAUUACUACAGGUACACAAUAGACAGAACUGCGUACGAUAACUCCUCUGAAUAUGUAUGCAAAUGUAAAUAUAACUGUCUCCCGAAUGGAUUCGUUGACAUCGGCAACUGUUACUACGGGUUCCCCAUCGUGUUAUCGCAACCGCAUAUGCUCGACGCAGAUCCAGUACAAAGAAGUUACUAUGAAGGAAUGAACCCAGAUCCCGAAAAGCAUGUUUCAUACCUAAACAUAGUGCCUAGUAUUGGCGUACCGUUAUCCUUGCAAAUAAGCAUGCAAGUGAAUCUGGCAGUGAGAAUGUCCGAAGGAAAUCCCAUAACUGAACCGAUAAAGGAUAAAAUCCUCCCCAUACUUUGGUUUUCAUUGAGCUGCAAAUCUCCCCCACCGAAAAUCCUAACAUUGUUAAACCUGCGCUUCAAAAUUGGCCCACCUUUACUGAUCACCGUUGAAAUCCUGCUGCUCAUCAUUGGGGCUGUUCUCGGCAUUCAUGGCUUCUACAGGAUCUACAAGCCCCGCUACAGACUGGUAGAAUAUAACCCAUCCCAUACAGAAUUACAAGAAGGCGACUACAAAAAUAAUGCCUUCAUCAGAAACGAUAAAGCUUAUAAAGAUGAACCUUCGGAAAAUUGUACAAUAACUUUAUUGUCUACUCAGUUGCCUGAUUGAAUGAUUUAUGAAUAGUGAUAAUCUGUUGAUUAAAAAUUCCUACGUAUGGCAUAUCAUCACACCUAAUUCUGAGGUAUAAUGAGGUAAACAGAGACAAUCGUAAGGCUGGAGCCGGUUGAUGCUUGUAAAUAUUAGUAGACCUAGAUAAUGCCUAAAAACUCAAUCUUAGUUAUUUAUAAUCAUUUUUUUUUUUAUAUUUCAAUUUACAUUUAAUAUUUCUUUUCAAAUAUGUAAGUAUCUAUAUUGAAACGUUUUAUCCCAAAUAAUAAUAAUGUUAACCAUUUUGCAUUGUCGUUAUUAUUUUUUUUUAAUUUACGAGAGAGUCGAUUCUACAUGGUUAUUUAUUCUUAUGAUAACUGGAUUAAUAAAAGAAUAAAUUAAUAAAUGUGAAAGUUCCUUUUGUCCAUGUCAUGCAAAAUUUAAAUAUACUACAUAAGUAAUAAUCCAAUCCUAAUUAAAAAUUAAAUUAUGAAUUAUAUACUUAUACAUUAUUAGUCAUUAUGAGAAAUUGUCUUGUAUUUAUUUUAUAUUAAUUUUCAAGUACAAAUUUUAAAUAUAUUAAGAUAUCAAAGAAUUAAACCUUAAAAUUUAAAUUAGCUAUAAAUUAUGAUAUUACUAGUUCAAUUGAUUUUUGUAUUAUAGUUUUUUUUUUUUUUGAGAUUUUUAUGAAAUAAUUAAAUUUAAUUAUUAAUUAAAUAGAUACUUACUGUGUCAGUUGUUAAUCGACUGUUCGUGACGUUAUUAUUAAGUAGAUACUCUGUGACGAUAGAGCCAAGUUUGGUCUUAUUUGGUCCAGCAGUCACGUUCAAAAAAUCUUAUUAUUUACUUGGGAAACUAGUCCUUUUUACCGCCAAGCGGUUGUGUUUAUAUCGUUGUGUUUAAUGAUAGUGAGUUAGGAUAUGGUAGCAUUACCUUUUAAUCCUUAGUAAAUAGCAACGUAUGAGGCAUAUCAUGGACGUAACUGAUUAUCCUAUGGUGUGUUUCUAUUUUUGUCUAACAAGACGGUUUGCUUUCCAUCAGGCGAGCCAUUAGCUUGUUUGCCAUUCCAAAUAUAAAAAUAGUACACUAUUUAUAAUGCAGCCUACUAAUAUAGUAAAUAUUUUGUAUCUAACAUUGUUUAUAAUUGCCUGGGUUAAUUAAAUCUCAUGACAAAUUUGUUGUAUAAAAAAAAAAAACAUUUGAUAAUCGUAAUGUGAAAUCAAUAAAUAUAUGUACAGUAGGGAUAAUUUUUAUAUUAUUAUAUGUAUUACAUCUCCCAUAUCUAGAACUAACGAAAUUUUUCAUCGUGCCUCCUACCAAAUUGUUUAUAAUUACUCCUCUCCAUCCAAAGGUUGCCUGGAAGAGAUCGCUCUUAGCGAUAAGGUCGCCCAUUGUUUUCUAAUUGUGAUUAUUUCUUGUAAUUGUUUAUAUUUAUAAUAAGUUUACUAUUGUAACCUUUUGGAGGAAACAAUAAAGAGUAUCUAUCUAUCUAUCUAUCUAUGUACUGUUAGUAACUACCAAAACAUAACUUACCAUUUACUUUAAUAUUUAUCUACAAAUAGAAGUGUGAACUAGGUUAAUUGUACACCAAUUUUAGUGUUAUAAACAAUUGGGCGAGAUCCAUGACUUUAGAUACGUUCAACUUAUAAUAAAUACAUAAAUCAUAAUUAAAACGAGUCAAAUAUUUUAUAAUUAAUAAAAUACAUAUUUAAGAAAUUUAAAUAAUAUGAAAAUUUACAUAAACGACCUCCGUUCUAGGUUAUUAUCAAUGUAAUAAACCGGUCAAUUUGUGUUUAAUAUUAUAUACGUAAUAUUGAACUGUACAUGUAGUUAAUCUAGAUGUAUCCAUAAUAAAUGUAGUUCCUUGUUAUUUUGAAACCUAGAAAAAACUACACUCCUAAAAAAAUUUUAUUUUUUACACUGUUAUAAGUGUAGCAUCAUUAAUUAAUGAGAGUGAAGCACUUUAAAAUCAGUAAAAUGCCUUUAUUUCUAACAUUAGUUUCUAAUAUAGUUUGAUAAAUUCCAAGUCAUUGACUUUGCGUUUUCAGUCUGUAUUAUGACUCUGAUAUACGUUACAUAUUUACAUGUUUUGUUCAUACAAAUACCCCCUUUAUUGCCAAUCCGCCUGCCAAGCGUGGCAACUACUGGCAAAACCAUCCAAGGGGGAGGCUUAUGUUCAGCAGUGGACAGAUAAAGGCUGAUAUGACCCUUUAUUAAUGGAAUUGUUGAGUUUUAUACAUAAUUUCACGUUAUUUGGUGGAUGGUAUUUACAUUAAAUAUAUCCAAAAUCAAAUUCCAAAUUAUGCUCAAUUUUGUUGCUCAAUGUGUUGAUGUUAAUUGUAAAUCAAUUGGUUAGUCGAUUAGAAUUAUUUUGUUUAAUUCCAUUAUCUUUAAAUAAGUUCGGUAGAACAUUUGUAAAUUUAUUAAUAAUUUGUAAAUUUAUUAAUAAUUUGUAAAUUUAUAUAAGUAAUAUUAUUAAUGUAAAUAAUAAUUAUAAAUGAAAUAGAUAAUGUAAUUAUUUGAUAAGUUUAAAAUCUUUUAUGUGUAAGUAUUGAGUAAUUAAUUUAUACAGGUUAUGGAUUAUUUUAUAUUGAUGGGUAAAAGGCUUUUUUCAUGAAAAAAACCCUCAAUAUGUGGUAAGCCAAUCUAUCAAUAGAUAAGUUAUCUUUAGUGCUCAUAUAAAAAAUAAUAAGACGUUGACCAUCGUUGUCCUUUUCUUUACAUGCAAGCGGUAGCGAUAACAUAUCUAACGAUAAAUACGUUUGGUACUUGUUUGAGGGGAUCAGCCAACAUAUCUGUUAAGGUGGAGUUGCCUAACGAGGGAAUUCUAAACCAUCCUCUAUACUCUUUUAAUGUUUUUAUGUUAUUAACAUGGUUUAUGGUUCAUAAGAAACAGAGAAUAAAAGUACCUGUGAAAGCAAAUAAUUUGAUGACUUCUACUUUAACGAAGUUUAAUUAUAGGACUUCAUUAUCCUUUUGCUCUUAUCCCAAAUAUUUGGAAUCGUAAUAUGUUUUUAUAUAUUACAUUCUAGAACUUAUUGUUCAUAAUUAUAAUAUGUAUUAAUUAAAGUUAUAAUCAAAUGUGACCCAUAUUUAAUUUGUUGUUGAAAAUGUUUCUAAUUAAGAAAAUCUUAUCAUAUUAUCAAUUAUUAUUAUACAUAACAAAAGAUGCUCUUACUGGUAAGUGGGAGAUGCACUUCUCUCUGUUAGUUCUAUAGAUAAUAAAUAAAUUCUUCACCUAAUUUAUUGUACCUAAUUUAAUUUGUAACUCAGCUCAGUAAAGACACCAACCCUGACUUAAAAUGUAAAGUAUCUUUGUUUCACCACGUUUCACUACAUUUCUGUUAAUUCUAAAUAAAUUUUAAUGAAUCUUUUUAAAUAGAAAAUAUUAUUCUAGUGUUGCCAACAUUAAAGUUUUUCUUUGUAACACUAAGUCUUAAAUUAUUCUAAAUUGGUACAAUAUAUAUUUCGGGUUAAACUCUUUGAAAUUUGUUAUCUGUCCUUUUUCAUAAUGAUUAGGUAUUUUUAUUAGAAUUAAUUAAUAAUUGUUUUGAUAAAAGAAAUAUUAUUAAAAAUAUUAUAUUUUGUUUUAAUAUAGUUAUGUUGUGAUAUUAGUUACUUAUAUUCUUAAAAUAAAUACAUAAAUAGACUGAAUUUGUACGCAGCAUAAUUGCUCUUAUUGUAAUAAAAAAUUAAGGUGAA